AUGGUUGAAGACCCCGAUAUCUUAAGGCUGCAACCGGGAGACAAUCCGGGAAUAAGCCUGGUCACCACAUUAUUUGAUGGGACGAACUUCCUUUCAUGGAGUCGCUUCGUGAAGCUGGGAUUAAUGGCGAAAAUGAAACUCUCCUUCAUCAACGGAGAGUAUAAAAAACCAGAGAAGAACGCCAGAGAAUUUGAACAAUGGAUAAGAACGGACUCAAUGGUCACUUCAUGGAUCCUGAAUUCCAUGAAAAGGGAAUUAGCAGAUUGCUUUAUGUACUCAAAUACAUCGAGAGAACUAUGGAAGCAAUUGGAAAACAGAUACGGCCAAAGUAAUGGGCCAAUGGAAUACCAGAUCAAGAAAGAGUUAGGCACUACAGUUCAAGGAACACUACCUCUGUCUGCAUACCUCGCCAAACUUACAAAGUUAUGGGAUGAACUAACUUGCAUUACCCCCACACCCAGCUGCACAUGUGGAAAUUGCACCUGUGGAGCCACAGCUGAAUCUGCAAAGAUCAAAGAAAACGACCAACUCAUUCAAUUUCUCAUGGGAUUGAAUGAGGCAUAUGACAGUGUGGAGAGCCCAAAUCUUGGUGAUGGAUCCAAGACCUGA